CUCUGGCUCCCACGGUGCCUCCGUCCAUAAUGCGUAUAUAUAAAUAGCCGAUGGAAGCUCCCGUUGCGUCGACGUACGAGGAAGAAGCUAAGAAGAAGAAGAAGAAGAAUGAUCUCUUGGUCCAAUCUUUACCGCGUGGCGGAGGCCAUGGUGCCCCUGUACGCCGCCAUGGCGCUCGGCUACGCCUCCGUCAAGGCCAAGGCCUUCACGGCGGAGCAGUGCGCCGGGAUCAACCACUUCGUCGCCGUCUUCGCCUGCCCGCUCCUCAUCUUCCGCAUGCUCGCCUCCAACGACCCCUACGCCAUGAACCUCCGCUUCCUCGCCGCCGACACCCUCCAGAAGCUGCUCGCGCUGGCCGGCAUCGCGGCCUGGGCCCGCCUCGCCCGGAGAGGCAACUCCCUCCCGUGGGCCGUCACCCUUUUCUCCCUCCUCACCCUCCCCAACACCGUCAUCAUGGGCGUGCCCGUGCUCAGGGGCAUGUACGGCGCCAUGUCGGAGACCUUGAUGGUGCAGAUCGUCGUCCUCCAGUUCGCCCUCUGGUACAUCGUCGUCGUGUUCUUGUUGGAGUACAACAAGGCGACGAACGCCGCCGCGGCGGACGUCGAAGCACAGAACAGCGCUGCUGCUGAUGCCGAUGCUUCGUCAUCGGAAACGGCGAGGGAGCCGCCGCCGGCGUCGCGGAUUCUGGCGACGGCGGCGAAGAAGAUUCUCAAGCUUCCCAACACGUACGGCAGUGUCCUAGGCUUCAUCUGGUCCCUCAUCGCCUUCAGAUUCAACAUCAGAUUGCCGGCGAUCAUCGACAACAAACCUCUGCGUCGGGACUUUCAUGGCUCGACGGAAAAGAUUCAUUUCGUGCGGAUACAAGCUCGCGCUCGGUGCCAUGGUCGCGAGGUUCGUGUUGGGCCCCGCCGCGAUGGUGGCGGCGUCUCUCGCCGUCGGGCUUCGCGGCGUGCUGCUGCGGGUGGGCAUCGUACAGGCAGCUCUUCCUCUUGCGGUGCUUUCGUUCGUUUACGCAGAAGAAUACAACGUUCAUCCAGACAUCAUGAGCACAGGGGUGAUUGUGGGCAUCUUCCUUUCGGUUCCGAUCACGCUGCUCUACUACGUUGUGUUAGACCUGUGAAUUAAGGGGAAAGUGAGCGUGGAAAUUAAAGCUCACCAUACAGCAAAUUAAGCAAACAGGCAUGAAUUCAUUUGCUGUGGCAGGGAAGACAGCAAUGCAUGCAGAGGCAGACCUUCCAGAAUAAGUUGUAGUAGAUGAAGCAGGCUGAUCUGUUUGCCAUCGGUAGAAAAUUUUAGAUUUAUUAACUUUUGAUUGGAGUGUGAUUGAGUGACAUUUAUAUAAAUUAACAUUUUGAUUUAUAAAAAAAGUAGAUCCGCUACCUUAGCGGCCCCCCUAGUGCCGGCCCCACGGAUAUGGAGGGAGGUUCAUA